AUGGCACCGAAGGCGAAGAAGGAAGCGGUUGUUCCCUCCAAGAUGGAAGCCAAGUCCAAGACCUUGGAGGCCAAGAAGGCAGUAUUGAAGGGUGUCCACAGCCACAAAAAGAAGAAGAUCCAAACAUCUCCCACCUUCCGGCGACCCAAGACUCUAAGACUUCAAAGGCAGCCCAAAUGCCCUCGGAAAAGUGCCCCACAGAGAAACAACAUUGCCCACUAUGCCAUCAUUAAGUUUCCCCUGAUCACUGAGUCUGCUGUGAAGAAGAUAGCGGACAACAACACCCUAGUCUUCAUUGUGGAUGUCAAAGCCAACAAGCAUCAGAUCAAAGAAGCUGUAAAGAAGCUUUUUGACAUCGAUGUGGCCAAGGUCAACACACUGAGCCGGCCUGAUGGAGAGAAGAAGGCCUAUGUCCAACUGCCUCCAGACUAG